AUGGCGGACGGCAUCACCCAAAGUACUGCCAAGCUUCAGCUUGAUGAGGAAACCGGAGAGAUGGUCUCUAAGGGCGAAUUGAAGAAGCGGAUGCAGAAGAGGGCCAAGAAGGCAGCAGCAGCAGCAGCCGCAGCAGCUCGCGCCAGUACGGCUUUAACGUCUACCGGCGCCGGUGCCGGUGAAGAGCAACCAUCUAGGAAGCAGCAAGCCAAGGCCGAUUCAUCCCAGCUUGAUCCUGACGCCAUGUUCAAACAAGGCUUUCUUGCCGAGGUCUUCAGACUCCGGCCGUCUGAGCAGGUGCUAACCCGCUUUCCACCAGAGCCCAAUGGAUUCCUGCACCUGGGGCAUGCAAAGGCCAUUGCUGUUAAUUUUGGCUUUGCCAAGUAUCAUGGCGGCAAGACGGUUGGUACUGGAACCCCAUCCGUAGAUUGUGCUCUUGCUGACAUGCGGCAAAGAUUUGAUGAUACGAACCCUGACAAGGAGAAAGAAGAAUACUUUCUGGCUAUCGAAGAGACGAUCCGCUGGCUAGGCUUUGAACCAUGUGCCAUUACCUACUCCAGCGACAACUUUCAGAAGCUCUACGAUUAUGCCGAGGCAUUGAUUCGUUUGUCAAAGGCUUAUGUCUGCCACUGCCAAGAGGCCGACAUCAAGCUCCAGAGAGGUGGUCAAGACGGCAAAGAGGGGCCGAGAUACCGCUGUGCUCAUGCAGACCAAGACGUUGACACCAACCUGCACAAGUUCAGAGAUAUGCGUGACGGGAAAUACGCGCCCCAGACGGCAUUUCUCCGGAUGAAGCAGGAUAUCGAGAGCGGAAAUCCGCAGAUGUGGGAUCUCGCGGCGUACCGUAUACCCAAGGAUAGGCUACCACACUAUCGCACCAAGGAUGAGUGGUGUAUCUACCCGACUUAUGACUUUGCCCACUGCCUUUGCGACAGUAUUGAGGGCAUAACACACAGUCUCUGUACAACUGAGUUCGUUCUCUCUCGCGAGAGUUACGAGUGGCUCAAUAAAAGCUUGGGUGUCUAUGAGCCCAUGCAGCGCGAGUACGGUAAGCACUUCAACCCGAUCCGUAAUACUGCCAGUAGUGCUUCUUAUAGUGGUUCUAACCUCCAAGGUCGUCUAAAUAUCAACGGUACUAUUAUGAGUAAGCGAGGCCUCAACCGCCUUGUAGAGGAGCAAGUAGUUCGCGGCUGGGAUGAUCCUCGCCUGUACACGCUCUCUGCCCUCCGCCGAAGAGGUGUCCCACACGGUGCCAUCCUGGCGUUUAUCAACGAGCUAGGAGUUACUACGGCCAAUACCGUGAUUCAGAUUCCACGCUUCGAACAAACUGUUCGAAGAUACCUUGAGACUACGGUUCCGCGACUCAUGCUUGUCCUGGAUCCCGUUCCACUGGUGAUUGACAACCUAGACGAGCUCGAAGCCCAAGAGGUGGACCUGCCCUUCUCUCCGAAGGAUCCGACUAUGGGGAUUCACAAGCUGCCUAUUACCAGGACGGUGUACAUCGACCAGUCGGACUUUCGAGAGGUGGAUUCUCCGGACUACUUUCGCCUGGCCCCUGGGAAGACGGUUGGACUGCUCCAGAUCCCGUAUCCUGUCAAGGCCACGACCUUUUCCAAGGACGCAACGACGGGGAGGGUUACCGAGAUCCGGGCUCGGCUGGACAAGGAAAGCAAGAAGCCUAAAACCCACAUUCAAUGGGUGCCUGAAGGCUCACGCCAGGUCGAAGUCCGGCUUCACUCACCUUUAUUCAAAUCAGACGACCCUGCGGCUGUUGAAGGUGGCUUUAUGAACGACAUAGAUACCGACAGCGAGACGGUGUACCCGUUGGCUCUGGUCGAGGCGGGAUUCGAGACAGUGCGGAAGCGAGCACCUUGGCCCGCGGCUGCCGGUGAGAAGGCGGAAGAGAGCUUGGGUCCCGAAAGCGUCCGGUUUCAGGGCAUGAGAGUUGCAUAUUUUUGGUCGCUUAUCACAUUUGGCCAGGCUGUGGAUUCGGAAAGCACAGCAGACCGCGUCAUCCUGAACCGCAUUGUCUCACUGAAGGAAGAUACCACCAAGAAGAAAGUAAACCAGGUUGCAUAA